AUGGAAAAGUGGAACAAAAGCGUCGCUGUCGUUACAGGAGCCAACGCUGGCAAUGGAUUUGGUAUCAUGAAAAAGCUUGCAACCGCAGGAAUCACUGUAGUUGGGUUUGAUUUGAAUGUGGAGACAAUCGAAAAGUUUAAAAGUGAAAAUAAAAAUCUGAAAGUUUAUUCUCGUAUUUGCGACAUAACAAAGGAAGCUGAAACUGAAGCAGCUUUCAAUUGGGUUGAGAAGGAACUCGGAGGUGUUGAUAUUAUUGUCAACAAUGCUGGCACAGUGAGGCUCGUUGGUUUACUUGAGCAUGAAAAGCCCAUGUCGGAGCUUUCACUUCUUAUUGAUUUGAACUUUACAUCGCUUGUUCGUUGUUCUCGAUUAGCAUUCAAAUCAAUGCAGACUCGGGACUCGUACGGGUACAUAAUCAAUAUCAACUCCGUUCUUGGCCAUACCGUUCCUGAUGCAUCUACACAAUUUGGAGUUUAUCCCGCUACUAAAUUUGCUAUAACUGCUGCAACGGAAACUAUGAGAAAAGAAUUGCUGGAGAUGAAGAAUAAGAAAGUCCGAGUGACGAGCCUUUCGCCAGGAGCUGUUCACACCAACAUUUUUGAAGCCGCCAAAUUCUCGAAAGAAACAACUGAUCAAGUUCUCUCAACACCACACUUACAACCUGAUGACAUCGGCGAAACAGUCGCUUAUCUUUUAUCUGUUCCUUAUCACAUUUCCAUUCACGAACUCACUGUCCGGGCAGCUGGAGGUGACUUUUAA